AUGCGCCAAGCUCUCUAUAGAGACCCCUUGGAGGCGGUACUUUGUCUUGAGUCUUCCACAGGUGAUGGCAGUAUAUGGAGUAAUGCAGUGGAUGCUAUAGAGAAGAUGCUAGCAAGUGAAGAAUUCGACCUUGAUGGAUGCCAACAGUUACAAUCUCCUCGCUUCGUCGGCGGCCUUGCAUGGGCCACCGAUAGUCAAGCUUUGGAGAAUGCUUUUGCUCAAUAUGGAGAUGUCGUUGAUUCGAAGGUUAUUCUCGAUAGAGAAACAGGCAAAUCUAGAAGAUUUGGAUUUGUGACAUUUUCAUCAAAAGAAGGACUUGAUGCCGCCAUUGAAGGAAUUAACAGACAAACACUUGACGAUUGUCAAAUCACCGUCAACGAGGCGCAAUCUCGCAGCGGCGGAGGUGGCGGGGAAUUCCGCAGUGGUGCUGGCGGAGGAUACGGCGGCGAUGGUCAACGUGGAGAUGGCGGUGGAGGUUACGGUGGAGGAGGAAGCAUAGGAUGUGGCGGUGAAGCUGGAUUCCACAGCCUCCUUCUCACCUUCUCUCUCACCCUCCUCUUCUUCUUCUGUAUAUAUCUUAAAUCUGAUUUUUUUUCAUAUUUUUUGUAUUCUUUUUUUGAGUUUUUGGUUUUUUUUUUGUUGUUUUAUGGUUGGUUCGUGUAAUUUUUGGUGUGUUUUUGAAGAAUUACUGCAUCGGUGUAUGAAAUUUGAGAAUAAUGUUGAAGAUAUGCAGUUUAUGUUUUCAUUUGUUUCUUUUGAUUUGAAGAAUAUGGGAGUGAAUGGUUUAGCAUUGUAGCUGAUGAUAUUUUUAUCCAGAUCUUGUUGAUUUCGUUUCAUAAAUUUAUAUUUUGUAACAUUCUUUAUAAUUUCGUGAUGCUCAAAUAAAAACAAUAUAUACUCAGUAACUGUUUUUGGAUAUAUUUCGAACUAUAAAAUGCAAAAAAAAAAAAAAAAAAAAAAAAAAUUUGGUGAGAAGGGUUGCGGGCUUUAGCAAAAACCGCAGCCCUUGGUACAAUGAAGGGCUGCGGUUUAGGCCCAAAACCACAGCCCUUCAUUGUGAAGGGCUGCUACGGAAAAGGCUGCUGGCCAAAAACGCAACCCUUAAGGUUGUUUUAACCGCAACCUUAAGGAUGAAAGCAAACAAGUUGCUAAGUCUCAAACUUUUGAAAAGCAAAAGACUACACCAAAACCAAAAGUUGCUGAUGAGCACUAUUAUUACACAUAUAGCAAGGUUGGUCAUUGGAAGAGUACUUGCCCCAAGUAUA